AGGCAGCGGGCCACCAGGCGGAGCAGCAGGCACCGGGCCCCCAGGCGGGGCGACCGGCAUCGGCCCCCAGGCGGAGCGGCGGGCGCCGGGCCCCCAGGAGGGGCGACAGGCAUCGGGCCCCCAGGCGGGGGCGGGGGCGCCGGACCCCCAUGCGGAGCGACAGGUCUCGGGCCCCCAGGCGAAGCGGCGGGCACCGCGUCAUCUGGCAAGGCAGCAGUGGGCUCCGAGUCAACUGGCAUGACCGAGGGCACUGGGGCAGACAUUGAAUCGUCUGGCUGGACAGCGGGCAUCGGGUCACCAGGCAUCAAGUCAUUUGGCUCGACAGCGAGCACCGCGUCAUCUGGCAAGGCAGUGGGCUCUGAGUCAACUGGCAUGACCGCGGGCACUGGGGCAGACAUUGAAUCGUCUGGCUGGACAGCGGGCAUCGGGUCACCAGGCAUCAGGUCAUUUGGCUUG